GGUUCUGGUCAAAGAGGCUGACAUUCGGGGCCGGCGCCGUCCUUGUUCCUCUGGUCGGGGCGAGACUCGGCAAACGAAUUCUGCUCUUCGCCUCUGACUGUAUUGGUAGCUUUUCGGGCGCUUGGCGUUGCUUGAAUGCUGGCUCGCCCAAAGUCCCGCAGCCGCUUCAAGGCCACCUUCUGUUUCAAUGUUCGGAGGGUUUUUUCUUCUAG